AUGAAUGCGGCGAGCGAUCUCGAGACCUUGGAGGUGGCCAAGGGCUACGAGCCUACACUUCCCACACCGAUAAAGGAGAGUAUUGGGAGCGGUUCAUCAACCCGGAGCGAUGAUUUUGAACACCCUACCGAGGAAGAGCUUGCUACACUACGCCGAGUCUCUGGAGAGAUUCCAUGGACAGCGUAUACUGUAGCGUUUGUGGAACUCUGCGAACAUUUUUCGUACUAUGGAACCACUGCAGUUUGUGGGCAAGCCCAUUUCGUUACAGAGGAAAUGUAUCUAACCACUUCCAGUCGUCAACUUCAUCCAGCAACCUCUUCCAGAGGGGUCAUCGACUGGUGCGGGUUCUCUAGGCAGUCUGGUGCUCUGGGAAUGGGUCAACGUGCCUCCAUUGGCCCCACUACUUUCAACCCAUUUUGGGCCUACAUAAUGCCCCUCCUCGGUGCCUACAUGGCCGACCAGUCCUGGGGCCGUAUGAGAACGAUCCAAGUCUCCAUCGCCAUCGUACUCGUUGGUCAUGUCAUCUUGAUCAUUUCUGCCAUCCCAGCAGUAAUUGUCCAUCCCACAGGUGCUAUCACUGUAUUCGCUAUCGGUAUUGUAAUCAUGGGGAUUGGGGUCGGCGGUUUUAAGUCGAAUAUUUCUCCUUUGAUUGCCGAGCAAUGUACUAAGACAGUGAUGAGAGUAAAGACCACUGAAAAGGGAGAAAGGGUGAUCAUGGACCCUGCUGUCACCAUUUCACGUGUCUAUCUGUACUUUUAUCUCAUGAUCAAUGUCGGUUCCUUGACUGGAUCCAUCGGAAUGGUGUAUGCGGAGAAAUAUGUUGGCUUCUGGCUUUCUUACCUGCUUCCAACCCUGAUGCUUUGUCUCUGUCCGAUGGUUAUCUUUGCUUGCAGGAACAGAUACCGCAUGUAUCCACCCACCGGCUCAAUGCUUGCCCAGUCGAUGAAGCUUUGGAGAUUUGUUAUGAGGAAGCGAUGGUCAUGGAAUCCUAUUACUUUCCGCAAGAACGUGCAACAACCCGGCUUCUGGGACGACGUCAAACCGUCCAGACUCGGCGCCUCCAAACCAGCCUGGAUGAUCUUUGACGACGCCUGGGUUGACGAAGUGCGGCGUGGCCUCCUAGCUUGCAAAGUCUUCCUCUGGUAUCCUCUCUACUGUACGUCUCUUCUCCCCAACUCCCGCACCACACCUCCCCAAUUAACAAUCCCAGGGCUCGCCUACGGCCAAAUGACCAACAACCUCACAUCCCAAGCCGCCGUCAUGAAGCUGGGCGGCGUCCCUAACGACAUAGUCUCCAACUUCAACCCGCUCUUCAUCGUGCUCCUCAUUCCCAUAAUGGACCAAAUCGUAUAUCCUGGCCUGCGAAAACUCGGCUUCAAAUUCACGCCUAUAAAGCGCGUCACAUGCGGUUUCUUCCUCGCUUCAUCUGCCAUGAUUUCCGCACGAAAAUGGCGAGCCCCUCGUGGCGAAUAUUUCGGUUUGGAUACAACUUCUUCCGUAUGGGCUUAUUGGAUUCUCGAGAUCAUGGCGAGUGUCACGAGUCUGGAGUACGCGUUCACGAAGGCGCCGACGAAUAUGCGGAGUACGGUGCAGGCGGUUGCGCUGUUUAUGAAUGCGCUGAGCUCGGCGUUGGCGCAGGCUCUUGUUGCACUGGCAGAGGAUCCGUUGCUGGUGUGGAAUUAUGGGUUGGUUUCUGUGUUGGCUGCGGCAGGUGGAGUGCUGUCUUGGCUUGAUAAUAGGAAGUUGGAUAGAGAGGAGGAUAAGUUGAAUUUGUUGCCGAGUGCGCAGUUUCAUGCAAAAAUGAGAGCACCGAGUGAUGAGGAGAGUGGAGAUCGAGUCGUUGAGGAGGUAGGGAGUGAGUAA